UUUUUUAUUGUUAUAUUCCACCAAGACCUGAAUUAGGAGAAAGUAAGCAGGAGGAAGUUCCAGAGGAGUCAGUCAAGGAGGGCACUGUUCCAAGCGAGGGGCAGAAAGAGGAGGACUCACAACAGAAUCGAAAUAUGAAAGAUGAACAGCAGUUGGCCAUGAAGCCUGAGGAAGUUGUGAGGCUUAGAGAAGAGCUGAGCCAUGAGAAUCAGAGCCUCCUUCAGCCUCAGAGCUCUGAGGAUAGUUCAGAUGACAGUAGUGCCCAGUGUUCAUCAUCUGGAGAAAAACUCCAACAGCAAGAGGAAGUACAACUUCGUCAGAAUUUGCACCGGCUCCAGAUACUAUGCAACUCAGCCGAAAAAGAGCUUCGAUAUGAGCGGGGAAAGAACUUAGACUUAAAGCAACAUAACAGCUUACUUCAGGAAGAAAAUAUUAAGAUCAAAAUUGAACUAAAGCAAGCCCAGCAGAAGAUAUUAGACAGUGCGAAGACGUGCUCUUCACUCACAGCAGAGUGGAAGCACUGUCAGCAGAAAAUCAAGGAACUGGAGCUGGAAGUACUUACACAGGCUCAGAGCAUUAAAUCACAGAACAACCUACAGGAAAAGCUGGCUCAGGAGAAAUCUAAAGUUGCUGAUGCCGAGGGAAAGAUCUCAGAUCUGCAGCAGAAAUUAGAACGUGCUUGUAAAGUCUGUCCCACAGACACUUGUAUUUUGGAGAAGCAGCAGCUAAAGGAAAAGGUAAAAGAGCUAAUGGACAGUGAAGCGAAAGCCAAGCAACAAUAUCAGGAAGAACAACGGAAGAGGAAACUUCUAGAUCAAAAUGUAAAUGAGCUACAAAGACAAGUGAGAACCCUACAGGACCAAGAGAUUAGACUGGAAAUGACCAGUUCUCAUCAACAAUCCAGAAUCGAGCAACAAGAGGCCCUACUUAAACAACUGGAAAGUGAAAAAAGAAAAUCUGAUGAGUAUGUCAAAACCAACCAGGAAUUGUCAGAAAAGGUGUCUGGAUUACAACAAGAGAAAGAGGCUCUGCGUGAAGAAUAUGGGCAAUUCUUGAAGAAAUUUGAUGCCCAUAUGAGAAAGUCUAAUGAGAAACAUCAUCGCCACAAAACCAAGCUUCAGAAAGUCAAGGAUCGUUCAGUUCAUGAAGUAAAAGUACGAGAUGAGAGAAUUAAAUACCUCGAAUGUGAAAUUGGAAUGCUGCAACAACAAAUAGAAAAGGAGAAGGCAUUACAAGAUCAGGUCAUUGCUCAAAAUGAUACCCUGCUCCUGGAGAACAGGAAACUUCUCGAGCAAUUUGCCGAGCAGGAAGAAUUGGCCCACAACAGCACAUGGAUGGUGUCUUCAAUCCAAGGCAGGGUACGAAUCCUGGAUAAAGAAAAUAGGCAAUUACAGGAAAAUAAUUUCCGGCUCACACAGCAGGUUGGCCUCCUAGAGCGCACCAUCUGCCGUAUCCAGAUCCACAGAGGGGAGGAAACAAUUAGAGACAUCCCUGAAUUUGCAGUACUGAAUAAAAUGCUGCCUUUACCAAACUCCAGUUUUUCAGGAACAGGUUUGGUAGAGUCAGAUGAAAGUCAUCAAGAGACCGAAGACCGUCAAUCAGAAGACGCAAUGGCAAUCCCAAAGUCCCCCGAGUCUCCUUCAGGUCCACAGAAUUCUGAGGCUGGAUACAUAAAUGUGGCAUCUCCAAAAGAGACACUCAGCAUACAAGAACAAGACCAGAAGUCAGAAGUGUAAACUCUCUGGUCUCUAAAACUGUACUGAUCAAAGCUGUGACUCGAAGCCUGGGUGCAAAGGUGGAAUGCGACAUGGAGAAGUUACCACAUACCCCGCUGGACAUCAGCCAAGAGUCUUCAGGUUGCUGAUAAGUUUAUUAAACCAGUACUAAAAUUAGAUUUCUCAAGUUUGUUUGCUAUUCCCAAAUGCCUUGUAUUGAUCAAUAUAGUGACGGAAGUUUAAUGACUGAAUUAGGUUUCUCUUCAGCAGAGCACUUACAGAUUAAUUCA